AUGAGGAACAAACUUGCCUACAAGUCAGAAAACAUAAGAAAAGGCAGACCUGUCAUCUUCCCCAACAUAGUUAAAUCAGGAAAAGGAAUGCAGCCAGCACAUCCAAAGAUCUGCUUAGGAAGGUCAUUAGAUCUUCUGAGGAAGAACAGCAUUUACAUUACUGGACCUCUCAAAGCAGCAGGAAAUCCAUCCACUGAGGCACAAUUCUCUCAAUUAUGGCAAUCUUCUCAUGUGGAUACAUUUUCUCAGCCUCAGCUGACUGUUCAAGAGAGUGAUCAUCUGGGAUCUAACAGAGUCUUCCAUCAGAAAGUCAAUCACAGUGCUAUUUCCUUCCCACAUCUGGAAGGCCAAGCAAAACAUGGUUUGGCUGCUGACUCUGCAAACCCUCCCCCCCUUGAAAGCAGCCUGUGUCAGAUAACAAAUAACAGCUUGCAGCAUGUGCUCCCCCCUCUUCAGGAAAAUGGAAUUAUAAGUAAGUUUCCACAAUUUAACCUUCUAAACAGUCAUUCUGAAAAUGAUACCAGAGCUCAGAGAAAAUCAUCAGAACUGGAAAACACCAGCACCAGUGUCAAGCUGCCUAUGACUGCUUCAGAAGCCUUGAAAAAUUUUAGAAACCAGUUAACAGUCUAUGAACAAAAAGAAAUUUUCAAUUAUCCAGAGCUAUGGUUUCUUGGGCUGGAAGCUAAAAAGAUUGAAGGUUUGCCUGAAGCCCAGAAUAAUAGUUGUUAUGAUGAUGAGAAUGGUUCUUACCUAAAGGUUUUACAUGACCAUAUUGCGUAUCGAUACGAAGUGUUGGAGGUCAUUGGAAAAGGGUCAUUUGGGCAGGUGGCUAAAUGCUUGGAUCAUAAAACCAAUGAAUUAGUGGCACUGAAAAUAAUACGGAAUAAGAAAAGAUUUCACAGCCAGGCUUUGGUGGAAGUUAAGAUCCUUGAUGCUCUUCUGAAGAAGGACAAAGAUGAUACUCACAAUAUUAUCCACAUGAAGGAAUACUUCUACUUUCGCAAUCACUUCUGUAUUUCAUUUGAACUGCUGGGAAUAAAUUUGUAUGAGUUGAUCAAAAAGAACAAUUUCCAAGGUUUCAGUCUGUCUUUAAUUCGACACUUCACUCAAUGUGUGCUGAGAUGUUUACAAGUGCUCUACCAGGAAAGAAUCAUUCACUGUGAUCUGAAACCUGAGAACAUAUUAUUAUACCACAAAGGCCAAGGUUCAGUUAAAGUUAUUGAUUUUGGAUCAAGCUGCUAUGAACACCAAAGAGUGUACACGUAUGUUCAGAGCCGGUUUUAUCGUUCACCUGAAGUGAUUCUUGGUCAUCCUUAUGCCAUGGCUGUUGACAUGUGGAGCUUAGGCUGUAUCAUGGCUGAACUUUACACAGGUUACCCACUGUUUCCAGGGGAAAAUGAGGUUGACCAACUUGCUUGCAUCAUGGAGGUUUUGGGUCUUCCACCACCUGAUUUUAUCCAGGCUGCAUCAAGGAAGCGAACAUUCUUUGAUUCCAAAGGUUUUCCUAAAUCCAUAACCAACAGCAAGGGAAAAAAGAGAUGCCCAGACUCAAAGGAUUUAAGCACAGUGUUGAAAACUCAUGAUGCUGGUUUCUUGGACUUUCUGAAAGGAUGUCUAAUGUGGGAACCUGCUCAGCGCAUGACUCCAGAUGAAGCAAUGAAACAUGCGUGGAUCCAGGAACCAAAAAUAUGCAGAGCAAAACAGAAAAUGCAGGUUUCAAGGAAGCUGAGUGAUGGCUCUUUCUCUACGCCAGGAAAGAAAAAAGAGAAUAUCCAAAAUAUCUGGAAAGAUACAGCUGACAAUGUGAAAAGUGAACUGGGUGAAAGACUGACUCUCACUGUGCCCUCCACAGGAACAACAGAAAAUGAUGUACAGAAUCACACAAUGAAACAUGCUAUUCCAGAGAAACUUUUGGAUACUGAAAUAGAAAAGCCAAUCAAAAACGAUCAAGCAGAACACAGUGAUGAAACAGCUCUUCCAAAAAAUUCUUUCUUUUUCCCACCAAUUAAGUAAUGCAGAGUACAAGUAAUGAUUGGUUCAGUUGCAUACCUGGUGUAUUUUGUAUGUACUUGUACUCAGGAACAUAAGCUGUAUCUGUCUGAACAUGGACUGUGCAUAUUGUAGGUAUAUUUAAUGUUCAUUUUACUUUGAAAUAGUCCAGGCAACAAACCAGAAUUUGAAAAACAUUCAUUUUCCUCACCUCCAUCCUUGCUAUGUUCAGAGAUACGUUACAACUAGCAGCAAUAAAAUGGAGACUGUAGAGACAGAGUGGCUUGUUCUUGAUGUUAUAACAGACUUCUGAAUUUUAGGUUUUCCUGAAGCUAAAAGA